AUGUCUACGGCUGUAUCGAUUGCGGGUAUCUUUGAUACUUCGUCGUUCUCCUGGGGAGAAGACAUCUUCAAUUUUGCGGUCACCAGGAUCAAGAACCAGAACGCUGCUUACCAAAACUUGAACAGCACCGUAGUGGACGCUGCAUGUGACGAAACCACAGCCGUACGAGCCUACUGGAAGCUACGCACCGAAAAUUUCGAUGUUCCCGUACAUGGGAUUGUUGGAGCUCGAUGCUCUGGUGCGUCCGUGUCUUUGGCACGAAUUGCAGGUCUAGAGAAGGUGAACAUGGUGUCUCCCAGUGCGACUUCUUCUAUUCUGAGUGAUGCGGAAGAAUUUCCCUACUUUACUCGCCUAGUCGCUCCAGAUGACAGUCGAGGCGAAGUCGGGGCUGUAGUGGAGACUCUCAAGUGGUUUGGUUGGAAGCGUGUCUCUAUUUUGUCUACAGAUACGAUCUAUGCCAAGGAUUAUGUCAGCGAGUUUCGAAGGCUUUGGGAAGGAAACGACAUUAGUGGCGAGGUCACAUAUUCCAAUGUGAUUCGAUUGGGUGCCGAUGGAACACUGGAUAUUGAUUCCUUGGAUACUGCACUGCGAGGGGUGCCAACCGACGACCCAGCCAAUAACUCCAGAAUCAUACUUCUGGUUGCUCAAAACCAACAUGCCUAUCCCCUUUUGAAACGUGCCGAAGAGACUGGCUUUCAGCCAGAUACAGUUUGGGUCGGCACAUCCUCUUGGGCGGGACCACGCGAUGUCAAGUUAGACUCUUUUGUAAAACGAGACCAACCGGGAUAUAUAGGAGUCGGUCCAAUUCAACAUCCGAAUGCAGAAGGAUAUCUGAAUGAAUUCAACAAUUGGGCAAGGUUUAAUGGAGCCGGAUCCCUCGAACAGAUGCCAUCCUUUGCAGCCGAAAUGAUCGAUGCUGUCACGUCUCUUGUGCGAGCGAUUUAUCAAGUUCCUUUGAGCGACCGUCGUAAUGGCGAUGAAAUCCGCCAGCGACUCUUGGCAACCGACAUGGAGGGCGCUUCGGGCCGUGUCCAAUUCACCAAGGUGGGUGAUCGAAAAGACCCCUUGUACUCGAUCCUCCACCUACGUCGAAACGAGAGAGGGAACCUUGAGUGGUUAAAUGUAGGAGAAUCUGGGACCGUGGAAGGAGCAGCAACUGCUGAUUUGUCUCGAAUGUGCUGGGCAACCCUUGGUUGCUCGCUGACUACUGUCCCAUCGGAUUCCUAUCCCGUCCCUCCUCCGAAACUUCCGGUAUGGAUCAUUGCCGUGCUAGUUGUUGUGAUUAUCCUUCUCAUUGCCGUCGCGGUCAAGUAUUGGAGGAGUCGUAGAUCAAAGCGAAUGAUCAAGCAAGAGCUGGAAACCUUUCGAGAUUCUGUUGUUGGUAUGAGAACUGCCAACGCGGUGUAUCUCCCGUCGAUUGGCGAUCGGCCAAAAGAAGGAAUCAAACGUGACACCAAGUCUAUCACUGUCCAGUGGUGCUGGAAGGAAACUAGCUUUGCCAUGGAUCGGCACCAUCCAGAUCAAGUCGUCGGUGAUGUAAAGGACUGCUGGAUCAAGUAUUCGGAUGAAGCCAACGCAGUUCUUGAAGCUGCCUUUCAACAACAAGGUUGGAAAGGCAGCGUAUCGCCACUGUCUGGCUAUUUGGUGGAUUUCAGCUCAAUGACACAGACAAAACAACAAACUGGAUUUACUCGCGAGGUACAACGUUUGGUAGAUACUUCAAAUUCUUCAACGGGUGGAUCGAAUGAUCCACUUGCCUUCCUCCCCGCUUCCGAACUAUAUGAUAUCGCAACCGAUAAUGUCAAGUUUGGCGAAGAGCUACCGGACGAUAUCAAGAAUGAGCCGCAAAUGGUGCUGGUCCCCGGAGAUGUGAUCCAGAUUUCAAAGCAGAAGAAGGAUACUGAUUGGGCUUUUGGAACUAAGUUGUACCAUCAUGACGAAAAUGUUGCUAGGUCUAUCGUAUCUGGAAUGACAAGUGACACUGCUACCGUCAGCAGUGAUGAAGAUGAUGCAAACAUUUUUGCUGACACGGGCUGGUUCCAAAUGGUGGCCACUCGUGUUCCAACUACAGAGGAUCUUCAGGCUUUAAAGCGGAAUGUGGGUGACACUGAUGCUCUGAAUGCUCCAUCUCACUGGAACGACGUUGCCGAUCCUUCCGUGGUCCAAGUUCAAGAGCUAAAGAAAGAAGAUUCAGAGUACCAGAAAAUAGAAAGGGCUUUCAAGUCCUCCCUCGGCCGCAGCGCCAAGAUUUCCAGCAUUCAGCGAAUCGAGAAUCUGGCCAUGUGGCAGAGUUUUGUGGUCAAGCGCCAAACGAUCCUGUCUCGGGAACUUGGUGACGAUCCCGCUGCCGAUACCAGUCUCCAACGCAAACGGCUGGAACGAUGCUGGCUGUGGCAUGGUACCAACGUGGAAGUGAUGGGUAAGAUUCUUCAGCAAGGAUUCAAUCGUAGUUUCUGCGGGAAGAAUGCGACAGUGUACGGCAAGGGAGUUUAUUUCGCACCUGAUACAUCUUAUUCGGCCAGUCCAACCUAUGCGGUCAAAGAUCCCAAAGGAUACCAGUAUGUAAUGGCUUGUCGAGUCGCAGUUGGAGAGUACUGUCCUGGAGUUUCGAAUGCAUUGACUCCAGACCUUCGUGAUGCCAAGACCCAUACGUUGUACGAUUCUACCAUUGGCCUUUUGAGUGGCGAUUCCAUGGCCAAUCCCUCUAUCUAUGUUACCUAUCAUGAUUCGCAAGCCUAUCCUGAGUAUUUGAUCAAAUUCAAGACCUAG